UGCACCAGAAAGGAGCAUCCUCUCCUCUACGCCCUCCCUCUCUUUCGUAUCCUCUCUCUCCCUCUCUCUCUCCCUGGCAGUUGGCGUGUCCUCAGAAUGAGGUUAGCAGCACCAGUAGCAGCAGCAGCAGCAGCAGCAGCAGCAGCAGUAGAAAGAGACAGCAGAGCCACAGUUACUGCAGCGACCAGGAGAGGCUGUCCUUCAGCCGUGCACCAUCUACCGCUGCAUUCACCCCUGCCCUGAGAACGCAACGCUCAUCCUUGUGCUCUCUUUCUGUGUCUCUCUCCCUCCUCCACCCUCACCUUCUGUCCUUUUUGAAUUCAUCUCUCGAAUUCAUCCCUCUCUCCCUCUCCCUCUCUCUCUCUCUCUCUCUGUAGCAGUGAUGGGGAAGACCACCAUGUAGAGACGGAGAGGCAGCGGAGGCAACAGCAGAAUAGCAGCAAUGGGAAGCCACACAUGGAGCGGGUCUGGACUGCAGCCGUGGUGAGCCUGAGACCAACAGGACUUGCAACCACCAUCAUUGCCCUUCUCAGGACCUGACCACUGGGGCUGUCCAACGCUCACCUGGAUGCUCCCCACUUGUGUGUCGUCAUCCCCUCCUCUCCUCGUUCUCUGCUGCUCUUUCUCCUCUUCUUCUGUUUCUUCUCUUUGAUGGUUUUGGGUCUGCCAUUAUCUGACAGUCUCCCCUGAAACAGAGAAGCAGCUCAUCGAUUGAUGCCCACGGAUUUUUCCCCCCUUUUUAAUCUCUCUCUCUGCCUACUUUACCUACAAGUGGCAUUCUUUUUUCCCUGUUUUGGUUGCUGUUGCUUGCUUGAUACCUAUUUUGGAUUUUUUUUGGGAUGAGACUGAGCUCCUCUCUCUGUUGUGCAAGCUUUUUGAUUGAUCUAUAAGCAAUAACAAACACUUAUCUAACUGACUUGACUAGCUGACAUCAUGGGGGACAUGUCCAACAGCGAUUUUUAUGCCAAGAACCAAAGAAACGAGGGCAACCAUGCGGCAGGCUUCGGCUGCUCGCUCAUGGAGCUGCGCUCGCUCAUGGAGCUGCGUGGCACAGAGGCGGUGGUCAAGCUCCAGGAGGACUACAUGGGCGUAGAGGGACUGUGCAAACGACUGAAAACCUCACCCACAGAAGGUCUCGCAGGUGCCCUGCCUGACCUGGACAAGAGAAAAGAAAUAUAUGGUAAAAACCUGAUACCUCCAAAGAAGCCAAAAACCUUCCUGCAGCUGGUAUGGGAGGCCCUGCAGGACGUCACCCUCAUCAUCCUGGAGAUCGCUGCCCUGAUCUCCCUGGGGCUCUCCUUCUACCACCCUCCCGGAGAGAGCAACGGAGAGUCCUGUGGUGCAGCGGCAGGUGGGGUAGAGGACGAGGGCGAGGCGGAUGCCGGGUGGAUCGAGGGUGCAGCUAUCCUGUUGUCUGUGGUGUGUGUGGUGCUGGUGACGGCCUUCAACGACUGGUCGAAGGAGAAGCAGUUCCGUGGGUUGCAGAGCCGCAUCGAGCAGGAGCAGAAAUUCCAGGUGGUCCGUGGGAGUCAGGUCAUACAGCUGCCCGUGGCAGACAUAGUGGUCGGGGAUAUUGCGCAGAUCAAAUACGGUGAUCUGCUUCCCGCUGAUGGAGUGUUGAUCCAGGGCAAUGACCUGAAGAUUGAUGAGUCAUCACUGACUGGAGAGUCUGACCACGUCAAGAAGUGUGCAGACAAGGACCCCAUGCUGUUGUCUGGCACCCAUGUGAUGGAGGGGUCAGGGCGCAUGGUGGUGACUGCUGUCGGUGUCAACUCUCAGACUGGAAUCAUUUUCACCCUGCUGGGGGCCGGUACAGAGGAAGAAGAGAAGAAAGAAAAGAAAGGAGGGGCUGUGGAAGACGGACACCAGAAUACAGAUUGCUCCCAUCCCCCUAUCCACCCCAUCGCAACUAUAGCCACGGAUGGGGCUGCAGGCAUUAAUGCCCCUGGCAGUGCCAGCCUUAUUAAUGGUAAAAUGCAAGAUGGCAAUAUGGAGAGCAACCAGAUUAAAGUGAAGAAGCAGGAUGGAGCAGCUGCCAUGGAGAUGCAGCCUCUAAAGAGUGCUGAAGGUGGAGAGUCCGAUGAGAAAGAGAAAAAGAAGGUGUCCGUUUCCAAGAAAGAGAAGUCUGUGCUCCAAGGGAAGCUGACCAAACUGGCUGUGCAGAUUGGCAAAGCAGGUCUGCUCAUGUCAGCCGUCACAGUCAUCAUCCUGGUCCUGUACUUUGCCAUUGACAACUUUGUGAUGCAGAAGCAUCCUUGGAUGCCAGAGUGCACUCCCAUCUACGUCCAGUACUUUGUCAAGUUCUUCAUCAUCGGUGUGACUGUGUUGGUGGUGGCCGUGCCGGAGGGGCUGCCGCUGGCUGUCACCAUUUCCCUGGCCUACUCUGUCAAGAAAAUGAUGAAAGACAACAACCUGGUGCGUCACCUGGAUGCAUGUGAAACAAUGGGCAAUGCUACAGCCAUCUGCUCUGACAAGACAGGCACGCUAACCACCAACCGCAUGACAGCUGUGCAGUGUUACGUUGGAGAUGUGCACUACAAAGAAAUCCCAGACCCUGGAGCUCUGCCACCCAAAUCACUGGAGUUAUUGGUCAAUGCCAUUUCCAUCAACAGCGCCUACACCACCAAGAUACUGCCCCCAGAUAAGGAAGGCGGUCUGCCGAAGCAGGUUGGCAACAAGACCGAGUGCGGCCUGCUGGGAUUGGUCUUGGACCUGAAGCGGGAUUACCAGCCAAUAAGGAACCAGCUCCCCGAGGAGAAGCUUUACAAAGUCUACACCUUCAACUCUGUCAGGAAGUCCAUGAGCACUGUCGUCAAAUUACCUGAUGGGAGCUUCCGCAUGUACAGCAAGGGAGCUUCUGAGAUCGUCCUCAAAAAAUGUAGCCAUAUCCUGAACGAGGUGGGCGAGUCGAGGGUUUUCCGUCCACGGGACAAGGAUGAGAUGGUGAAGAAGGUGAUCGAGCCCAUGGCGUGUGAUGGCCUGAGGACCAUCUGUGUGGCGUUCCGUGACUUCUCCGGUCAUCCUGAACCCUCCUGGGACGACGAGAACAACAUCCUCAGUGACCUCACAGCCAUCUGUGUCGUUGGGAUAGAGGACCCCGUCAGGCCAGAGGUGCCCGAUGCUAUCAUGAAGUGCCAGCGUGCAGGCAUCACAGUGCGCAUGGUGACAGGAGACAACAUAAACACAGCCAGGGCCAUAGCCAUCAAGUGUGGGAUCAUUCACCCCGGAGAGGACUUCCUCUGCAUCGACGGCAAAGAGUUCAACAGGAGGAUCCGCAAUGAGAAAGGAGAGGUGGAGCAGGAGCGUAUUGACAAGGUUUGGCCUAAACUCCGAGUUCUGGCCAGAUCUUCCCCAACCGACAAACACACACUUGUCAAAGGCAUUAUUGACAGUACUAUGGCAGAUCAGAGGCAGGUGGUGGCUGUGACAGGAGAUGGGACCAAUGAUGGACCUGCACUGAAGAAAGCUGAUGUUGGCUUCGCCAUGGGUAUUGCUGGUACAGAUGUGGCCAAAGAGGCGUCAGAUAUCAUUCUGACUGAUGAUAACUUCAGCAGCAUUGUCAAGGCUGUAAUGUGGGGCCGGAAUGUCUACGACAGCAUCUCCAAAUUUCUUCAGUUCCAGCUUACUGUCAACGUUGUGGCCGUCAUUGUGGCUUUCACUGGCGCCUGCAUCACACAGGACUCUCCCCUGAAGGCCGUGCAGAUGUUGUGGGUGAACCUGAUCAUGGAUACUUUUGCAUCUCUGGCCCUGGCGACAGAGCCUCCCACAGAGUCUCUGCUGAAGAGGAAGCCAUACGGUCGCAACAAACCUCUCAUCUCCAGCACCAUGACAAAGAACAUCCUCGGACACGGAGUCUAUCAGCUCAUCAUCAUCUUCACACUGCUCUUUGUUGGUGAGAAGAUCUUCGACAUAGACAGUGGCCGUAAUGCUCCUCUCCACUCUCCUCCGUCUGAGCACUACACCAUCAUCUUCAACACCUUCGUCAUGAUGCAGCUCUUCAACGAGAUUAACGCCCGCAAAAUCCACGGAGAGAGAAAUGUCUUCGAUGGUAUCUUCAGGAACCCCAUCUUCUGCACGAUUGUUUUUGGCACCUUUGCUGUUCAGAUUGUGAUUGUGCAGUUUGGAGGGAAGCCAUUCAGCUGUCAACCCCUGGACCUGGAAAAGUGGAUGUGGUGUGUUUUCCUCGGGCUUGGAGAGCUUGUCUGGGGACAGGUGAUCGCCACCAUACCCAACAGCAGGUUGCGCUUCCUGCGGAGGGCAGGCCAGUUAACUCAGAAGGAUGAGUUACCAGAGGAGGACGUAAAUGAGGACAAUGAGGAGAUUGACCACGCGGAGAGGGAGCUGAGGAGAGGGCAGAUCCUCUGGUUCAGAGGACUCAACCGCAUUCAGACUCAGAUUGACGUAGUCAACACCUUCAAGAGUGGCACCUCCUUUCAGGGGGCGGGGGCUCUGAGGCGCCAAUCAUCCACCACCAGCCAGACCCAGGAUAUCCGUGUUGUGAAUGCAUUCCGUAGCUCCCUCUAUGAAGGCCUGGAAAAACCAGACUCCAGAUCAUCCAUCCACAACUUCAUGACGCACCCAGAGUUUAGGAUAGAAGACUCCACGCCCAACAUCCCCCUCAUCGACGACACAGACGACGAUUCCGCUCGGAGGAGGAGGAAGUACUCCAGCCAGCCCUCGUCCCCCAACAAGAACAACAACGCCAUCGACAGUGGCAUCAAUCUCACCAUUGACACCAGUAAAUCAGCCGCCUCCUCCAGCCCCGCCAGUCCUCUUCACAGCUUGGAGACCAGCCUCUAACCCUGAUUCUAACCUCAGCUCUAACCUCUAAUGUCGUUUCCUUGCAGUCUGAAGGCACCUUCUCCAACUCCUCCAGACCUUUAACUGCAACCUUACACCUUGUCGCCCCCAAAAUCUCACCCAGUCCAGCUCAAUUCUCAUCCCCCACCCUCCUCCUCCAUUUACUACACAGGGCAGGUCCUGUGGCAAAACCUUCAUCUCUCCUCCCCUUAACCUUGAGCUCUUAAAGCUCUCCGCUCCUCUCAAAACAGAGAAAAAUCUAAAGUAAUAUGGCAAGGUGAAAAGAAAAACUUAACAUACAAUCAAAAAAGCGCAACAAAGCCACAAAACCUACACAGCCAUCCUGCUUUUGUGGUUGUAUGUGUACGGUGGCGGCGGCAGUGGUGGUGUGUAUGACUAUAUGCGUGUUAGCAUGUACUGUAUAAGCGUGCCGCUGACUGCACAUAAGUAUGAACUAUGUCUUUAGAGACACCAGGAGGAGGACGAUGAGGAGGGAGACACUGCUGAGGAGUCAAAAAUCACAAAACAGGACAGACUCUAAACUCCCCUUACACUCCCCCUCCUCAACAAUAACAUUGUCAAUACUGAUAAUAGUUUAAAUUAAAUUGAAAAACAUUGUUAUUAUUAUGAUUCUGAUUCUGAUUAUUAUUGUUAUUAUUAUUGUUGCUCCUGCAUGAAUGUACAUUACCCAAGUUUUAUUUAAAAGGGUUUUAAUUUUAUUGGAGUUCUUUCGUUCUGAUGGGCUAGGCCUCGCGGCGGACUACUAUUUUAAAGACAGCUUCUCUGAGUUCCUGGCCUGCAAAGUUCCCUCUUCUGUGUGGCAUGAACAUGUACCCGACUGUAAAAAUUUAUUUCAUCCAUAAACAGAAAUGUGUAACGAGGUGGUAGGGCUCAACUUGCACAGUAGUUUUGCACCUGUCGGAAAAGAGGAACGCAAAAAUAAGAAUGAUGAUGAUAGCAUUUAUGGGAUAUAUUCUAUAAAUAUAAAUACAUAUAAAUAUAUUUAGAGAGAGUUUAUCUUUGUUUGUCGGCAUGUUGCCUUGUUCCUGCUUCAAUGGCUCAAAAUACUUUGACUUAUUUAUGUCUUAAAGAGAAUGUAAUUUGUUUACAACCUCGUAGAGAUAAACUUCCUGGUUUCUAGAAGGAGAGGGGCGAAGCUGAAGCUCAGAGGACCAGAGCUGUGUUGGUGUGUUAUUACUGAAAAACCAUGUGCUGGAAUUUGCCUGCUAUCUUUUCAAAUAUUGUAGAUAUUUUUAGAGGAUUAACAAACAAAAAGAAACCAAAAUAUAAUGGGAAACGUAGUAAAUGUGGAAUCUUAGUAUUACUCUAUAUGAUUGUUGGGAUCAAGUUGGAGUGGCUUGCCUUUUCUAAACGGAGGCCUCCUUUUUGUGACAGAGGGGGAAUAUUUAAUUCUUUUUUUUCCACUUCUUCUUCUCUCUUUUUUUUUAUUUUUAAAUUGUGGGUUGUUUUUUUUCUUCUGUGCUUCAGCGCUGACCUGGGGUCAGGGCUCGAGUCAAAGGCUGAUAUCAGGACCUUUACAGUGAACUGUCUUCUAGAUAAACAUGCUUGUUCAAAGGACUUGAUGUUUUAAAAAUAUGUGUGACCAUCAAAAACGAUUGAGUCAUAUUAGAAAUCAGCAGUUAUAUUUGGCUUAUCUGUGCCGCAUGGAAAUCUGACUUUUUUUUUUGUUUGUUUAUUUUUGUUCACAAUUUGGAAUAUAUUGUGUUGUUUAUUUUUUUAUUUAAUUUUUGAUUUAUUUGUUUGGGUUUAAAGGAUUUCCUCUAGCAGAGAGAGAGACACACACAGCCCCACAAAGCUGUUAGCAUUUUUAACAUCUUUAAAAAAAAAAAAAAAAAAAAAAAAAAGGAAAAACGGACAAAAAAAAAAGACAAAUUACAACAAACAUGGAAUGUUGCUUUGACUCUUUUUCUAUAUAUAAAAAAAGACGAUCCUUUUCUGCACUAUCUGGUUAUGAAUGAAAACUUCUGUGGUGUAAUUCUAGAUGUGCUUUUGUGUGUUUUAACCAAGCUUGUCUUCCUGCCGUCACAGAAUAUACAGUACUCUAGCAUCUCAACUGUACUCACUAGUUGUAAACUAUUUAUUGUGCUUUGACCAAUCAGACAUUACCAGAGAGAAGUGACAUACAGAAGGCACAUUUACCCAGUCUUAUUGCACUCAGAAGGACAAGGCCACUUAACUAGCCUGUACUAUUGUUAUUUCUAUUACUAACCGAAGUCAAUGACAAGCAUGACGCGAGAGGCUCAUUAUGCAACUUGAAAAAAUUGACGAUUUUUCUACGUAAAAAGAAAUCCUAUACACUACUACAGUAUAUACAAUCAUUUAUCCGAGCAGUUCUUUCCUUUUUUUCCUUUUUUCUAUCCUCCUCUGUCAUUUCACAGUCGAUCCGUCCAUCUGAAGAGGGUGCACAAGCUUUACCAGUCAGCUCAGGCGUGUUGAAAAAGUCACAUGGACCAUUUGAGUAAAAAAAUAAAUAUCUGUCUUAUUUAAGUUGGGAAAAAACACAGUCUGGAUUCUGAUAUUCUGCUUAGAAGCUGUUGAUUUAUUUUGUUUCCUUUCCAGUGUUUUAACUUGACAAUUUAUUUGUUUAUUUGUCUGUAAAAAAUUUAAAACAAUAAACAAAAAACAUAACAACAACAGCAUUUUCAAUAAAAAACAACAACAACAACAAAAAAAGACUUAAGCCAACAUUCUCCAAACCACUUUUACAUCCAGGAGGACAUUCAGCUUUAAGAGGAUGCAAAGACGACAAGUUUAAAAAUAAUCUUUGUAAAUACAACAAUGAGUCCACUGAGGACAGAAACUCCAUUGGACUGGUGUGAAAACAGGAACUCUUCCUGACUACGUCUCCCAUCAUGCACCACCAACGAGUCAUACUGCCGACGCAGCUGUUUGGCUGUAUGUAAUCCAUCACUGCUCCUGUCAGAAACACUUCAAAACAUCAUGAUUACAUCCAAAUGAUAACACGUGUUGUAACAACCAAUAAUUAUACUGAUGAUGAUGAUGAUGAUGAUGACACCGACGAUGAUGAUGAUGAUAAUGAUAAUGAUGAUAUCAAUGAUACUUCUUGCAAUAUACUCUCACCUGCCUCGAUGUACUGUAUUUAGCAGCAUGCAGUUUGUGGAACAAAGAAAAAGAGAAAUGCCAACAGAUAACUUUUGGCAUACUUAACCAUUUAUGGGUAAGUGAUUUAAGUGUUCAUCUUGUUUUUAUGAUAUUUUUUUUAUCUAUACAAUAAUUGUAAAUAAAGAACUCAAUGUCUUUGUUCAUUUAAUACUAUGCAAAAAGUCAUGCUUUUCUGAUUGUUACCCACCCUUAAUCCUAGAGUGUGUUGCUGGAAUGUUUGUGGUCUCAAAAGUCAGUAAAAACAAUGUGAUGUAAAUUAUUUUCUAGCUUGAGGAAAAAGUUAAAUAAUGAUGAAAAUUAUUAUUAUGAUACCAUGACAUGAUGAGGAGGAUGAUGAUACUGGUGGUGACAGUGAUGAUGAUGCUAAUACUGAUGAUGAUGAUACUGAUGAUGAUGAUGAACUGUGACUCUUGCUGCUUGACUGUCCCAUUUACCACACUCCUGACAGGAGCGCAAGUGAAAAACAUAAUAAAAAAAGAAAAGAAAAAAAAACAAGAAAAAAAAAAAGGAAAAAUCACUAAAUAAAUCUCCCAGAGCAGCAUGACCCAGCAUGGUGUGUCCUGGCCCCGUGUGAC